GUAAACGGGUAUCGUGAAGACUUUCUUGAAUCCACACUAUAGACAAACACAAAUUGUAAUUUGUUUGUUAUGUAUACUCUUCUUUCGUCACAUACUUGAUUAAUAUCAGAGAGGUGGAAGAUGUUAUAAAAGCUGAUGUUUUUGUCAUUGCGCGUCUAGAAGUCUCGUCGAAGCCUAUCACGAAGUUUUAAUCAAGUAUCCAAGAAACCAACGGCCCGUAAAAUGAAUCGAAGCUUAUUAUUGUUCGCGGUAUUGCUAGUUCUGUUGAUCAACGACACGUCCUCUCAGUUUUACAAAACUGGCAACUGUCCGAUGAGAAAUACCGUGACCAAUUGUACUCCCAGGUGCAUAGGAGAUGGACAGUGUCCGUCAAAUGAAAAAUGCUGUCCAAACAAAUGCGGCCAUACAUCAGGACGUUUACUGCAAUGGAGUGAGGUGCGCCGCAUACGAAAAAUGCCAAUAUGA